AUGGAUAGCAGCAGCACCAGAGACUUCGAGGACGAGUUCCCUUCCGGCUGGUCCUGGGAGCGCUUCACGGUGGUGGAUGCUGGAAACGGGAAGAUCGCCCUGCACAGCAGCAUUCACAAUUGCUUUGUAAAGAUGACUUCAUCGGGCGAUAUGAUGGCCAGCCCGGCCUACGCCGCCAACGAGAUGCCAAGUCAUUGGUAUAACGAGCUCUUCACAGCGGUUUACGUGGGAGAUGGCGAGAUUGGGCUCUAUAGCAACCAUCACGGCCGUUACAUCCGACUGAGCAGCAGCGGCCACUGCGACGCCGGCACCGAACAUAGUGCCGCUGGCAUUCCCGACGGAUGGACCUGGGAGCGAUUUAGGGUGAAGGAGUUGCAGCCUUACUUGAAGCCAGGCACCAUCGUUGCCCUCCACAACUCCAAGUGGAACCGAUUCCUGCGCAUGAACAGUGGCGCCGACAUGGAUGAAAGCAGCGAAAGGGCAGCCGACGACCUUCCUCUCACUUGGAGCUGGGAACGCUUUCUGGUCGUGGAUGCGGGGUACGGCCAGGUGGCGCUGCACAGUGCAGAGUGGAAUCGCUUCGUAAAGAUGGAUGGCAGUGACAUGCUGGCCAGCAGUACGAAGAAUGCAGACGCCCUGCCGGACACCUGGACCCACGAGAGAUUUGCCGUGGUGCCUGCCGGCGAUGGGGAAAUCGCCCUCCACUGCACCCAUCACAAUCGCUUCAUUCGCAUGAACUCGGACAACGUCGACGCCAGCAGCAGCAGGGCAGCCGAGGACCUGCCUAGCAGCUGGACGCACGAACGGUUUCGGAUUGUAGUGACGUACGACCCCGACACGUCCUCCGAUAGUUCUGGAGAUUCCAGCUGGUCCUUCCAAGCACGAUAG